UUGCAACUUGAAAAGGUAGCUGGGAUCGGUUCGACAUAAAAAUUCAACAUGUUCAAGUACACCUCGCAUUUUGUGUGCGCGUUACUUUCAUGGGGUUUUUCUAAAGGCUUAGCUAACACCGAAAAUCAACAGUGUCCCGGAAUUCCAACGCACGAUCCACUGAAGGAUCGCGGAGAAGUCUGUCUGGUGGAACUAUCUCCAGUGCUGGAACACAUUGCCAAACAGCAGAAGCGAAAAGAAAGCACCUACGACUCCCGGAUAUUCAACGAAACGCAGACCAUACUGAAAAGUAUUGAGGGUCACCAAGGAGUCAGAGACAAGUACUUGAAGGCCCUGCAGAGCAAUAUGGAAGAUCAGUUGAAGGUGCUACAGGCUAAGAUAGCCCAGGAUGUCAACACAAUAUCCCUGGAGAAAUCAUUGCUACAAGUGCAGAAUGCGCUUCAAUGUUCUCUGGAUUCCAAAAAAAGUCCACCACCGGGUCAGACAGUGACAAUCAAUGUGAAAUUUGAGAAGAUGGGUAAAAAGUUAAUUUACAUCGAAAAGCACAUUAAGCAGACGUGGUUUAGUGCAGCGAGCAAAUGUCGUGAGAUGGGCGGUAAGCUGCUGUCGCCCCAAAACGAAACUGAACUGCUAUUCCUCCGACAGAAGCUUGAAGACAGUGGGUAUUGGUUGGACUACUGCAAUCUGGUCGACGUGGACAAGUGGAUUUCCUUGUCCACCGGAAAGGAAGCAUCGUUUUUAAAAUGGGGCAAGGGCGAGCCGAAAAAGGAAGCUAAUGCGCACUGCGUUUAUAUAUACGCCGGACUGUACCAUGCAAUUCCGUGCGACACUAGAAACUAUUUUAUUUGCGAAGUUGACGAAGGCUACUUCCACAAUUAUACUGAUAUUCAUCUUCAUAAUAAUACGAACAUUAAUAUAAAUCUUACGAUAAAUGUUAAUGUAAAGGAAGACUUAAAGAAAAAGGAAGAAGAGAAGAAAAAAGAAGAGGAAAGAAGAAAGGAAGAGGAGAAGAGAAGGGAGGAAGAUAGAAAGAGAGAAGAGGAACGCCGAAAGGAGGAGGAAAAGAGAAGACGAGAGGAAGAAAAGAGAAGAGAAGAAGCGGAACAAAAAAGACAAGAGGAAAUAAGGAGAGAAGAGGAAAGAAGAAGGCGAGAGGAAGAAAAGAGGAGGGAAGAGGAAAUAAGGAGGCAAGAACAGGAAAGGAAAAGGCAAGAAGAGGAACGAAAAAGACAAGAGGAGGAAAAAAGAAGACAAGAGGAGGCAAAGAGGAGAGAAGAGGAAAGAAUAAGACAGGAGGAGGCAAAGAGGAGAGAAGAGGAAAGAAUAAGACAGGAGGAGGCAAGGAGGAGAGAAGAGGAAAGAAUAAGACAAGAGGAGGCAAAGAGGAGAGAAGAGGAAAGGAGGAGGCAAGAAGAGGAAAUAAGAAGACAAGAGGAGGCGAAGAGGAGAGAAGAGGAAAGAAUAAGACAGGACGAAGCAAAGAGGAGAGAAGAGGAAAGAAUAAGACAGGAGGAGGCAAAGAGGAGAGAAGAGGAAAGAAUAAGACAGGAGGAGGCAAAGAGGAGAGAAGAGGAAAGAAUAAGACAGGAGGAGGCGAAGAGGAGAGAAGAGGAAAGAAUAAGACAAGAGGAGGCAAGGAGGAUAGAAGAGGAAAAGAGGAGGCAAGAAGAGGAAAAAAGAAGACAAGAGGAGGCGAAGAGAAGAGAAGAGGAAAGGAGGCGAGAAGAGGAAAGGAGGCGAGAAGAGGAAAAGAAAAAAGUCGAGGAGCAAAGGAAAGAACAAGAAAGGAAAUCAUCUGAGAAGUGUAAAACAAAUCAGAGAAAGAAGACUAAGGUAUGUACUUCUUGCUGGACAGAGAAUGGUGCAAGAAAAUGCCAGCAAUGCAAAAUAGACCGUAACAAAAAGUCAACAUGUUCGGAAAUCGACGAGGGUAGUAGCUAUUCUUCCAAUAGUUAUUACUAUACUUAUAACAGUUAUAGUAGACCUUUACGAUUUAGGUGGAGCAUAGGUUGGUAUUAUUUUUAUUAUUGGUGGGAAUAAGAUAAUUUAUAACAAGGUACAGAGAAAAUCAGGUAUAAUAAUUGGUUGAUUGUCAUAAUGAUUCUGGCUAAAAAUAUCACCUUGUAAAAUAAAUUAUUAAAAUGUA